CGUGUGCGUGUAGGACGGGCCAGGGGUGGGGGCCAGGGGUGGGCAGGUCCUGGUCCGGACGCGGUGCUGGCCGCCUUGGUGCCGCUGGCCUCGGGGCCGCAUGGCCUACGGCUGGUUCCCGCGGCUGCCCUCAGGGCAGCAGGCCCGUUCCCGCCGGCCUGGGUCAUCUCGGGCUCCCCGCCCCUCGACCUCGCCACCCACUUUGUGCCGACCGGCGGAGGCAGGCAUGGCCCCGUCCGGUGCGCGAUUCGGCUUUGUCAGUUGUCAAAACAAAGGGGAUUUGGUGAUGGAGGCUUUGUUGGAAGGAAUGCAAAAUCGAGGGCAUGGUGGGGGAUUUUUGACAUCCUGUGAAGCAGAACUACAGGAGCUCAUGAAACAGAUUGACAUCAUGGUGGCUCAUAAAAAAUCUGAAUGGGAAGAUCAGACUCAUGCUCUAGAGGCUUGCUUGGACAUUCGAGACCGGGAACUUAAGACCCUUAGGACUCACUUGGAUGUGAAACACAAAGAAAUCGAAAUGUUGCAGCAGCAGAGAGAAGAACAUGAAAAAACCAAGGAAAAGAUGACCAUGGAGUAUAAGCAGGAGUUAAUGAAACUACAUGAAGAAUUAGGAAGACUGAAGAGAAGUUAUGAAAAGCUGCAGAAAAAGCAAAUAAGGGAAUUCAGAGAGAACACCAAAAAUCCCGGGGAAGAUCAAUUUGAAAUUGAGAGGUUAACUGGAAAAAUAGAGGAAUUUCGUCAGAAAUCUCUGGACUGGGAGAAACAACGCUUGAUUUAUCAGCAACAGGUAUCUUCUCUGGAGGCACAAAGGAAGGCUCUGGCUGAACAGUCAGAGAUAAUUCAGGCUCAGCUUGCCAAUCGGAAACAGAAAUUAGAGUCUGUGGAACUUUCUACUCAAUCAGAAAUUCAGCACCUGAGCAGUAAGCUGGAACGGGCCAAUGACACUAUCUGUGCCAAUGAGUUGGAAAUAGAGCGCCUUACCAUGAGGAUCAAUGACUUGGUUGGAAGCAAUAUGACUGUUCUGCAGGAGCAACGGCAAAAAGAAGAAAAGUUGAGGGACUCUGAAAAACUAUUAGAGGCUCUGAAGGAAGAAAAUAGAGAAUUGAAGUCAACUCUUCAAUCUCAAGAAAACUUCAUCCGUGAGGCAAGAAUGGUAAAGGAGAAGCUACAAGACAAACGGAAAGCAUCUGACACUCAACACACGGUAGAAGUCAUAAGGCCACUGGAGGAGGAGUCUCAGACAGAAGAGAGGUACAUCUCUCAGGGGCAGGAGGACUUAAACAAUGAGCUCUCCCCAUUGAAUUUUACCAAUUCUAGUGAAGAACUUCUGCAGGCAGAGGUGACUCGUCUUGAAGGCAGUUUGGAAUCUGUAAGUGCAACAUGUAAACAGCUGAGUCAUGAGCUAAUGGAAAAAUAUGAAGAAUUGAAGAAGAUGGAAGGACAUAACAAUGAGUACAGAGCAGAGAUCAAGAAGUUGAAAGAACAGAUUUUACAGACUGAACAAAGUUAUAGUUCUGCACUAGAAGGAAUGAAGAUGGAAAUUGCCCAGCUAACUCGGGAGUUACAUCAGCGAGAUAUUACUAUUGCUUCUGCCAAAGGUUCUUCCUCAGACAUGGAAAAUCGACUCAAAGCAGAGAUGAAAAAGGCAGAAGAAACAGCAGUUGAGCAUAGGGAGAUUUUGAAUCAGCUGGAGUCACUCAAGUUAGAAAACCGACGUCUUUCUGAAGUAGUGAUGAAGUUGGAAUUGGGUUUACAUGAGGCAAAAGAGAUUUCACUAGCAGACCUCCAGGAGAAUUAUAUUGAGGCAUUAAAUAAAUUAGUGUCUGAAAAUCAACAACUACAGAAAGAUUUGAUGUAUACUAAAUCUCAGCUGGAGAUUUCUACUCAGAUGUGCAAAAAGCAAAAUAACAGGAUCUGUAAACCAACACACAGCAGAACAACUGCGUUCAAGAAUACAGAGUUCAAGCCAACCCAUGGCCAGCACAGACAUGAUGGAAUAAAGACUGAGCACUACAAAACUGGUCUUCAUUCUCCCACAGAACAAGCAUCGGAUAGUAUGUCCAGGGUCCUAAGUCCCCAAAGUCCUCAAAUUAGCCCUGGCAGCUCCACCAUCUCUUUGCCUUCCUACUUUCUGGGUAAAACUCACUCUUUGCCUUCAGUGAUAGACGCAAAUGAAGCCAAUUUGUCUGACACUGUAUCUGGAAGUGUGAACGACCAGGAAGAGUUUAUGUCUUCGUGUUCCUUGCCUGUGUCUCCCCUUAGUUCAAUAGCUACCAGAUUUUUGGAAGAGGAGGAGCUGAGGUCUCACCACAUUCUGGAGCGCCUGGAUGCUCAUAUUGAAGAACUAAAAAGAGAGAGUGAAAAGACAGUGAGACAAUUCACAGCUCUAAAGUAGCCCUUAAAAAAAUCACAAACUUGGAAAUAAAAAUAAACACCAAAGAGUUAUUGUCCUCUGAAGUAGCAGCUCUCUAACAACAGGCACGUAGAGCAUUACAAAGAGGAUACAUACGCAAGCAGUGGUGAAGAAAUCUGGAAAACUGAUACUUUCUUAGACAUUUUCACUGCACUGGUUUGUUUGAAGGACUUCUUCCAGCAAUAAUCUGAGAAUAAACCAUUUUGAUAGA